AUGAACAACAAAAGGAAGCUCGUAGUUUGGAACCCGUAUUUGGGACAAACCAGGUGGAUCCAACCUAAAAACGAUUACCGCGAAGGCGCCAAGUAUGCUCUUGGAUACGACAACAACAAGAACCACAAAAUCUUAAGGUUUUUCGAUCGUAAAGGCUACUACGAAAUUUACGAUUUGAAGUCUAAUUCAUGGAGUUUAUCUAAUGUCAUUCCCAACUGGCAGAUAUAUUGUUGUGAGCGCUACACGUCGUUAAAAGGAAACACCUAUUUUAUCUCUGCUAAAAAAAAUGGAGGGGCUGGAUAUGAUUUUAUACUGUGUUUUGAUUUUACAACAGAGAGAUUUGGACAGAUUCUUCCUCUGCCGUUUAAACAUUAUAUUUGGACUCUAUCUUGUGUCAAAGAAGAGAAACUCGCAGUCGCGGUGUUAUGUUGGGAAAAUACAUAUGUGAUAGAGAUAUGGAUGACAAUUAAGAUUGAUCCUAAUGCCGCGUCGUGGAGCAAAUUCUUAAGAGUUGAUAGGAAACCACCCAUUGGUCUUGGCUUUGUGUUUGCUAAUCGUGAUGACAGUUUCUUCAUUGACGAAGAGAAGAAAGUCGCCGUGGUUUUUAGUUCAGACGAAGUUGAAACCUCUACUGCUUAUAUCAUUAGAGAUAAUAAAUAUUUGAAAACAGUGGAUCUUGAAAAAGCUGCAAACUUCCAAGAAUCUUUGUAUUGUUUUUUGCCACUUGUGUGCUCCUGCAGCUCUUAUUAUGUUCCAAGUUUGGUGCAAAUCAACCAAAUUGCAGGACACAAAAGUAAAGAUAAGAAGAGGAAGCGAACCAACAAGGUGUAA